AUGGAACUUUCAACAGAUUGGGAACUUGACAUACCAGUUCCAAGCUGGUUGCAAAAAACGACGGAACAACAUAAAUUAUUGAUUUCACAAACUGACCGAUCCGAGAGAUUUGAAUCAACAAAAGAAAGAACUUUAGAUCUACAAACCACGUUUUCAACUGCUCUUAAUAUUGGUCAUCCCAAGAACGACUGGACAGUGCUAGAGCCUAUUGCUGAAAGAUGUCUGCAAUCUCUUUCCAGGCUGGACAGUGGUCAGAUUCAAUACCGAGGAGCCGAACCUAGAGCCCGAUUUAUUUGCGAUGAGAAUCCAAAUAAUAAUACAAUACCAUUUGCUUUUAUUGAAGAAGUAGACUAUCUGGAUAAAGGUGUGAGUCACAUUUUAGAAUUGCCUCGUUAUACCUCGGCAUUUUGUUAUUUUGCAUACACAUCAUCAUUUGAACGUCUAAUACCGCAUUUCUUUGCAAUCGGAUGUGAAAUGUUAGCAAAGGGAAUUCCCCAACGAAAAAACACGGAAAGAGAUAUUGAUAUUUUCAUUAAAAGACACAUAUUUUCAUGUUUUGAUGACAUCCUUGGUAGCCACUUGUAG